AUGCAGUUCGGAUUGACGCAUCACCCCACAUCUAAGCCCCUCGACAAAAGCACAAACAUGGAACACUGCAUCGGAAUCCUCAUCGAACCACUCGUCGGGCUGUUCACCGUCUGCACAGAGGUGUUCGCCAUCUGCAUCGACGGAUGUCUUCAAACCUGCCGAGAGUCGUGUCGAUGCAUCAGCUGCUGCAACAACUCUUCCAUCUGCAAUAGCAGAUAUGACGACGAAGAAGACGAAGAGGCUCAACCGAUCUUACAACAGUCACAGCCGACAGCACAGUCUCAAGCGAGUGUAGACGGUGUCAAGAGGUGGAGCUCCGUAAGCACGCUUCGUGACGACAGCGGUCGGUCCUAG